CACAACAGAAUUUAAUAAUAGUUCCCUAGAACUCGGGUGUAUUUUAUCAUUUUCUCUUCACCUACGAUAAAGUGAGUCCGACUUUCUAACUUUCCGAUUGUUCUCUUCGUUUCGGUUCGAAAACACAUUUUCCCGGAAACCAGAAAAAAAAAUCAAAAAUAAAAUCCGACAAAUUAAAGUAUAAACAUGGAGAUUUUAACCUAGCAAGCUUUUCUAUAUAACUCUUUGAAUCAAUUUGAAAAACAGAACUUAAGACAAAAAAUAAAAACAGAAAACAGAAACGGUUAGCUGCUCCGGAAAUGGCGGACGCGUUUUGUUCGGACUGCAAGCGGCACACGGAGGUGGUUUUCGAUCACUCGGCGGGCGACACGGUGUGUUCCGAGUGCGGGUUGGUGUUAGAGUCACACUCGAUCGAUGAGACAUCGGAGUGGAGAACCUUCGCCAACGAGUCGGGCGAUAAUGAUCCCGUCCGUGUCGGUGGUCCCACCAACCCACUUUUGGCGGAUGGCGGUUUGUCCACCGUUAUCGCUAAGCCUAACGGUGCUUCUGGAGAGUUCUUGUCGUCUUCGUUGGGUCGGUGGCAGAAUCGUGGAUCGAAUCCGGAUCGUGGGUUGAUUCUCGCUUUUAAAACAAUUGCUACCAUGUCUGAUAGGUUGGGUCUUGUCGCAACCAUCAAGGAUCGAGCCAAUGAGAUAUAUAAGAAGGUGGAAGACCAGAAGUCUAGUAGAGGAAGAAAUCAGGAUGCGUUGUUGGCAGCUUGCUUGUACAUUGCUUGUCGACAAGAGGACAAGCCACGCACUGUCAAGGAAAUUUGCUCUGUCGCAAAUGGAGCCACAAAGAAAGAAAUUGGUCGAGCAAAAGAAUACAUAGUGAAACAACUGGGAUUGGAGACUGGUCAGUCUGUAGAGAUGGGAACCAUACAUGCUGGUGACUUCAUGAGGCGUUUUUGUUCCAAUCUUGGUAUGAAUAAUCAAGCAGUUAAAGCUGCCCAAGAAGCAGUUCAGAAGUCGGAGGAGUUUGAUAUAAGGCGAAGCCCUAUAUCAAUUGCAGCAGCGGUUAUUUAUAUUAUAACACAGCUUUCAGAUGAUAAGAAGCCUCUUAGAGAUAUUUCAGUUGCUACGGGAGUUGCAGAAGGGACAAUCCGAAAUUCAUACAAGGAUCUUUAUCCCCAUGUUUCAAAGAUAAUACCAAACUGGUAUGCCAAGGAAGAAGAUCUCAAGAACCUAAUCAGUCCUUGAAGUGCAGAUCAAACAACUGACAAGAAAAAUGAAAAAUCAAAUUGGCUGAUGAUUUUUCUUUUCUUGUUUCUUUUUCGUUCUCUUACAAUAUAGAGACACAGGAGGAAAUCUGGAAAAAGAAUCUUCAAUCCUAAUUUAUGUUUCAACUUUGCAGCAACAUUUUUGAGUGAGUAUUGAUAUAUAAGCGUAUGUUGAUGCACUCUGUCUCUCCAUAAAUCAAGGAGUGGAAAAAGGGUCUGCUUGAGAAAUAUGCUGCUCUUUGAGCAGACAAUUACUUCUAUGAAAGACACUGACCUUUUCCGCUAAAUUCUAGUAGCAUAAUAAUUCUUUCACAAACUCAUAAAAGUUUUUUAUUUUGAUUGUUUUAAAAAACCUUUUUAUUAAGGUGACAAUUAUCUUGUAAUUUUAAACACAAUAUGAUAACUAAAUAAGAAAAAAUCAUAAAAUUUAAAACUUA